UGUUCAUGUAACAGGCGAUUGGCAAGCCGGCUCGGCUUUCAAAAAUCUCCAAAAAAGUUGACUCCUACCUUACUCGCUCUCUCCUGUGGACCGAGCCAGCUCAGCGGUUCAUUUUGACAUCUUGGCGUACACAUAGCAAAACCCGUUGGCAGAUAUUCCACGUUUCUACGAGAACAGCAAUUGGAGGUAUUGCCUGAAAAUUCAUUUACUGUUCACUUACUGAAACUUUAACUAGAAUCGCCUGAAAAUUUUGAACUUUUUCCAUCUCGUCGUAUUUGAAAUUCAGAGAAGGAAGCGAAGAGAGAGAAAUGAGCUGCAGCAAUGGAGAAACUUUAGUGGAAGCGGCACUUAGAGUACUACACACUGGCGACCCAUUUGAGAAAGCCAGGCUUGGUGAUGAUAUUGCAAACAAAUGGCUACAGGGCCACAUAAUUCGCCCAUACGACGAUUCAGUAGAUAUUGCUGUGCCUGAUCGGCCUUCCCGGCUGCAGGUGAAGGUGGUGUCGCCGAGUGAGAUGCUGAAGCUUGGGAAAGCUCGGAGUUUGCAGAGUAGACAGGCUAUUGUGCACAGUCUUGCGCAUACUGAGAGCUGGGCUAUUGAUUUGUCUUGGGAUAUAAUUGCUCGUUUUGGUAAGCAGGAGUCCAUGCCUAGAGAAAUUUUUGCAGAUUUUGUAAAGGUGGCGCAAGAUGAAGGUCGGCACUUCACUCUGCUUGCAGCAAGACUUAAGGAAUUAGGAUCUUUCUAUGGAGCAUUACCUGCUCACGAUGGACUAUGGGAUUCAGCUAUUGCUACUUCGAAGGACUUGGCACGUUUAGCUAUCGAACAUUGCGUUCAUGAGGCUAGAGGACUCGAUGUGCUGCCAACGACUAUAUCUCGUUUCCAUAAAGGAGGUGACGACAAGACAACUGAAUUAUUGGAGAAGGUUGUUUAUCCAGAAGAGAUUACCCACUGUGCUACAGGAGUCAAGUGGUUUAAGUAUCUUUGCUUAAGGUCAAAAAAAUGGAGAUGAGGCCCUUGUGGAUCCCUUGAUUCCAAAGUAAGUGAAUUCCAACAAGGUGAAAUUGUGAAGGAAAUAUUUGAUAAAGUGAUUCAGAAGUUCCAUACAAUUGUAAGGUCUUACUUCAGAGGGCCAUUGAAGCCACCUUUUAAUGAGACGGCAAGAAGAGCUGCUGGAUUUGGCCCUCAAUGGUAUGAACCCCUAGCUGUCAAAGAGAUCAUGACAGACUAAGAAUCCAUCAGCCAACAUUUAGGGCAUUUAUGAUACGUGAUAUUGGACAAAAUUGACCAUUUCAUUUGACAAGAUUUUAACUUAUUUUUGUUUAAUAAUCAUGUUUAGGUUCACCUUAA